UUCCAAUGUCUUCAUCGCGCCAAGGGACGAAUAGGAAAAUGAACCCUGUUGGUUGAAAAGAGUGGGUUGAUCAAAGCUGCUUCUCGCGCGUUUAUUCCUCCACUCUCUCUUUUCUCUUCCUUUGGACAGAGCGCACCGCAUCCAUCAUCAUCAUCAGUCUUCAUUCUAUGAGACUCAAUUCACAUCUCCGUCCGAUUCGGAUUAAAUCAUAACACAGAAACCAGUGCAUCCGCGGUACCGGUCAAUCUGUGUUUCUGGAGGCAGAGCUGGUUGCCCAGGUGAUGGACAAAGUCACACUGACUUAUGCAAGAUCAGUGAUGUUCCUCCAUCUACUGCUGCGUGCCAUCUGCCUCUUUAUACUGUUGUCUUCUGCUGUCGCCAGUCCUGCCGCAGAUGAUACAGCUCUACAAGUGACCAUUCCUGAUAGCUUCCCCGUGUCUGCCAUUUUGGGGGGUUCCCUGAUUUUGCCCUGCCUGGUGUCUCUGCCCCGUACGCCCUCUUUGGGGCGGCAUGCCGUACUUACCCAGCCACGAGUAAAAUGGAGCUUUAUUUCAUCAAACAAAGACAUAGAGAUCCUAGUGGCUCGUGGGGAGAGGGUAAAGGUGAGUGAGAUUUAUAAAGACAGGGCGUCGCUUCUGAAUUACGCUGCUGCUUCGAAUGAUCUCACCCUCAGACUGGAUGGCCUGAUUCACAACGACACGGGCUUCUACCGCUGUGAAGUCCAGCACGGAUUGGAGGAUGCUAAUGACCUGGCUCAGGUGAAAGUUAAAGGUGUCGUCUUCCUCUACCGCCACACCUCUAGUCGCUAUGCCUUUACUUUUAAUGAGGCCAAAGAUGCAUGUAAGCACAUUGGAGCUCAGAUUGCUUCUCCCCAGCAGCUGCUGGCUGCCUAUUACAGUGGCUAUGAACAGUGUGAUGCCGGGUGGCUUUCAGAUCGCUCUGUAAGAUACCCAAUCCAGAUGCCUCGAGAGGGCUGUUUUGGAGACAUGGAUGGACUACCAGGUGUUAGAAACUAUGGCACGAUGGAUGCUGAUGAACUCUUUGACGUGUAUUGCUAUGUGGAAAACAUUCACGGGGAGGUGUUCCAUGGAUCGAACCCACAGCGCUUCACCUUGGCAGAAGCUAAGACGUACUGUGAGCAACAGGGAGCUCAGUUAGCGACCACCGGCCAGCUGUAUGCUGCAUGGAACGAUGGUCUGAAUCACUGUAGUCCAGGCUGGCUUGCUGACGGAAGUGUUCGCUACCCUAUCGUGACCCCUCGUGAACGGUGUGGGGGCACUGAGCCUGGUGUCAAGACCGUCUAUCGUUUUAGCAAUCAGACAGGCUUCCCCGAACCACAUACUCUUCAUGAUGCCUACUGCUUUAGAGGUAAUGGCAACUCAGUACCACAGACAGUCCCACCAAUAGAUUACAUGGCCACAGAACCAGAAGACAAAGACCAGCAUAUUGUGACUUUAGCUGAACCCCAUGAGGAGUACAGUGUAGAUCAGGUCAUCCAAAAAUCUGAAAAUGAGGCUCUGGGUGCUGUUGAGUCCUUCCCUAUUCACGGCACACAGACUACGAAGGAACCUGAGGAACACAAUCGUACCUCAAGCCCUCCUGAUGAUUUCACUGCUAGCACCAGUCCAGAUUUCACCAGCCCACCCAUCACAAGUGAUCAGGACUCCACUGAGAUCACCACGCAGAAAGUGGAUGCCAAUCCCAUCAAUGCAGAAUUUGUGCCAGAGAUCUACAUGGAUCAAAAUCAAACAUUAAAUGAGAGUGAACCAGAUGUGCAGGAAGCUUCAAAAACAAAUGUUUUGAGGAGCAGCAAUCAUACACACUACCAACCAAUGCCCGACACCAGCUUAGAGCCAUGGGAGCCAAUUUCACAUACACCGGUCCAGCCGGAAGUAACUGAUCAAUCAUCCCCUGCACCCGAGAAGAUAGAUGGCUCCAAACAUUUCCAACCCAUGCCUGACACUAACCUGGAGGAUGAAAAUGAAGAGCAUACAAAUACAGAAACCAACAUGACCACUGAGGGUACUACAAUGGUAUACAAUGACUCACGCAAUCACACCACAACUCAAGAACUCCUCGCAGCUCCUUCAACUUUCUUUCUUGUGGAAGACCACAAUGCUACUCUAGAGGAAAAUGGGGAGGAUAUUACAAAAGUCACGGAGUCAGAUGAAGACCUGAGGUUUUCUUAUAGCACUCAGUCCACCUCAGUAAGCACAUCUAGCAAUGCAGAUAUGUUGGAAGGUUCAGGUGAAGCUUUAACUGAGGCAUUUACAGAAGAGGCAGAACAUCUGAUGCCCCUGCAUGGAGCAUCUACGUCUAAGACUUUGACACAGAGCUUCCCAAUAACACAUCUGAGCAGUACUAGCCUGAGUUUAAAAUCUCAACAUGAAGAUGCAGAGCAUCAGAACAGUUCUGAAGAUGAUGGUGAAAGGACUUUUACUGUUCCUUUGUCUCUCGGUGCAGAUGAUAAUUUCACCGAUCACAUUACUGUUAGCACCAAACUUAGUAUUGUGAAUGAACUAGAAACAUUCGAAGGCUCCGGCGAUUAUGACGAUAACCUGGCAGUCACAACAUUGACCACACCUAUUCCUCACCUCCUGGGCACCCCAACCACACAAGGACCUGUACAGGUAGAAGUAAAUUCUCCAGGGGAUAUGAAGGAGAUUUUCUCUGAAAACCAAACCCUGUCUGUCCUAGGGACUGUAGAGGAGGAACUGGAGAAGGUGGAGCAGGAGGGCCUUGCAGAAGAACCCAUCCACUUUUAUACCACAUCCACCAUACCUAACAAUUCGACUUUUACUUUAAAUGUGAAUGGCAGUCAUGAAGAGGAGUCCUCAGAAGCAGGACAGUCUUCAGAAAAUUGGUCCUCUGUUACUGAGCAUCCAUUUUUAAACACAACUCCCAAUUUGGACAUUAAUACUGAUGAUGAUGAUGGUAAUCGGGCCAGUACUGUAGAACCACUUAUGGGUAUGGAAGUAACAUUGCUGCCUGCUGUUACACAGACACCUGACUGGAAGACUGUGACUUUUACAAAACCGGUGGAGUCCAGAGAAGAAGUGGAGUUUAGUGGGGAUGUCCCACUUACAACAGAAGACAACACAAGCUUAGGUGAAUCCUACUCUGAUGCCUUCACCGAAGAACAGCCAAGCCAAACUUCACCUACCAAGUCACCUGAACGUGAAGGUGAUGAUGAGGAUUAUGACCGCAUGACUAGAGCAAGCACAAACAAUAUGGAAUAUGAAAAUGAUGUAAAAACCACAUCUGAGCCUGUUACGCCACCUCCCAGACCAACGCAGAAGAUGUUGGUUAGGACUGGCUACAUUUCAGACGCAUGUAUUGAGAACCCGUGUAAAAAUGGAGGCACAUGUGUGGAGAGUGUAACGGGUAAAAGCUGUCUCUGUUUACCCACCUAUGGAGGAAACUUCUGCCAGAUAGAUCUAGAACACUGUGAACCAGGCUGGGAAAAGUUUCAAGGGUUCUGCUACAAACACUUCACCAAAAGGCAGAAAUGGGAGGUGGCUGAGCAGCACUGUCGGAUGUCUGGAGGUCACCUGGUCUCUAUUAUGUCACCCGAGGAACAAGAGUAUAUUAAUGAUAAAUACAAGGAAUAUCAGUGGACGGGUCUCAAUGACAAAACCAUCGAAGGAGAUUUCCGUUGGUCAGAUGGGAGUCCACUGCUAUUUGAGAAUUGGUUUCGUGGACAACCAGACAGCUACUUUCUGUCAGGGGAAGACUGCGUUGUCAUGGUGUGGUACGAAGAUGGCCGUUGGAGUGAUAUCCCUUGUAACUACCAGCUCUCCUAUACAUGCAAGAAGGGCAUUGCAGCAUUCUGUGGUCAGCCCCCUUUUGUGCGCCACGCUAAGAUGUUCGGACGACGGCAACUAAGAUACAAGACAGAUUCGCAGGUGCGCUACCACUGCCAGCCAGGCUUCACCCAGAGACAGAACCCUGUUAUCACAUGUCAGAACAAUGGACAGUGGGAGGAACCUCAAAUCACAUGUACAUCAGUGGGACCUGAGUACUCGAAUGGAGAAAUGGUAACUUGGCCUGCUGGUCACAAGGAAUAUGUGAUUGAAGAUACAACGACACAAAAAACAAAACCGGAGUAUUUGGAUAUAAAAUGGAACGUUUAAAACGCUA